GUUUUGAUAAUAUAUCCGCGAUUUGCGGCUAGCAAGUUCCGGUUUGUGCACAGAUGGUCCACGUAGCAUGCAUAGACGUGAUGAAAUUUUGUGCAGCCAAAUUGUCUUCUGCUUUUUGACAUUGAAUCCCUUUUGAAUACAUUUAAACAUCAAGGAAACAUACGCGACACCACGCUGCUCUCUUAAGAGAUAAAGGUUGCGGAUCAGUCAGCGCAUAUCGGUCUGAAAUGUCGGUUUCGGCCAUGUGGCUGUCCCGUAAAAUGAUGUUUCCGUUGUUUAUAACGACAGCAGUCGUUAUCCUGCCGCUUUCAGCAGACUUCCCACAGAGAUCUAUUGGAUCAGGCAAAUACGGCUACGGAAUGUCCGACUCGGCCAUGACAUAUGUAGACCCACGUCUCCAACCUGUAUGUCGAACCUUCGUCAUGCCGGCCUGCGAUCCUCGAUGGCUGUACUGUGCCUGUGGAAAGCCGGUGUUCAACGUUAGCGACAUUCCCAUAGACAAGUCUUUCCUGUACCUCGGUGAGCAGACAAGUGACAGCGGGUGGGGUUUCGCGGCCCAAUGCGAUUCCAACUGCUUGUUACCCGAGUUUGAUUCUCUGCCUCCGCAUCUUAAUUUAAGCGACAUUCGCCUGAGCAAUAUCUGGGUGGCGCCCAACGAUGCUCCGUUUCCCGUUGGCCGUUUCCUGAUUAAUGUCAAGCGGACGGUACAGAAACUGCACCUGGUGGAGAUUUAUUUGCCCACGCUAACAAGGGAUACAUUCGCGGGAUUCACCGUCCUCCAAACCCUUCAGCUAGAGCGCAACCGAAUGACCGCCAUUGCUUUAGAUGCUUUAGAGGCAUUUGUCCCUCCACCGGGAAACACACUACCGUCCCAACUAGAGUGGAUCUUGAUUAACGGCAACAGUUUGCAGCAUUUUGAUUGGUCGGUGUUCAUGCCACUGGCUGACACUAUAAAGCAUAUUGCCUUGGAGACCAACGAUAUUCAUCAAGUGUAUCCCAGCCGGUUGUUCGUAAUGCGCCGCGUGGAAUCUGUCAGUCUGGCUGGGAACAACCUGACCGUCGUGGACAGCCGCUUUCUGGACAGUCUGGUGCAGGCGGGCUGGCGUUCCGGCUUAAAUCUGGGGUAUAAUCCGUUAUGCACGACCGACGUGCUGUGCCGCUGUCCGUCCUUAUUCAGCCUGUGGGAUUGGCUCACCAACGCACGAGCACGGAUCACCCAGGUCGAACCAGGAGUUAAGGUCAACUGGAGAUUUACUGACGGGCUGACAUGUGGCAAUUACACCGACAUUCUUCAGGGAGAUGUUUUCCACCGCUUUAGUGUCUCCGAAAAGGGUGGAUUAGGGAAAGCAUACAAGGGUGUUGAAGUGGAAGCACUGGCUAAUUUGAGUCAUAAUUAGAGGAACGUCGACAGGAACUGAAUCUAUGCUUCUUCGACUGGAGUUGCACCGGCAUCUGCAGUAUAUUUUGUUUUGUAAUUAGAGAUCAUAUCCUUAAAAGAAUUCCGAAUUUAUAACUCCGGCUAUAAUGUAAUUCAUGCUUUUGCAAGCUUUGCUGCAUUCUCUUUGCAACGAAUAAUUCUUUUGUGAAUGUCAUUGUAACCUUUGCUUCAUACGUAGCCUGUUUGGCAAGGCUCUUGGUUUUUAAUGCAUUAUAAAUAAUGGCCAGUAAGGCGGUGGUCAAAUAGGUUGUUCUUAAAUGGGUUUUGAAGACACCCCGAGCCGAAUGA